GAAAAUAAUCCGUUAAACUGAUUUGUGUUUCAUCAGGUAGAUUCACGUAAAUCUUUUUGAAAAAUUUAAAUAGUCUUGCCAGUAACCAGUCCUUGUAAAAUUAACAUAGUCGAUUAAGAAGAGAAAACCUUUCUAAAGUAUUGCAACACCAUGGAUGACAUCGCCGCAAGACAGUUGGCCCAAACCCUCACUUUCAAAGUAGAGGCAGUGCCUCAAGAAGGUGUAUCGCCAACGAGAAGUUGUGGAAAUAUGACGCCUCUAAACGUAAAAAUUAGAGUCCGUAAGAAAGACGAUGGAAAAAGCUCUGUACCGAAAGGAAUCAUAUUUGUACCGAAAUCGGGGCAAGCGGAAAACCUUUCGGAGAGACUUCGUCAGGCUAGCAGCGAUCAUACAAUACUUUCGUUUAAUAUGCUUAUGGAAACUGAACACGAGAGAAAACGAAAAAGUCGGAAAAAUACAUUCUUUGGAAACUGUUUGGGUGCACAGACGGACGAUGACGAUGGACCCUAUUUACCGACUACAGAUAGUAAAUCAGAAAGUAGAUUUGGAAUGAUUAAAUUAAAAAAUACCAUACCAGAUGAAAUUGGCACAUCACAAGCUUUAAUGAGGAAAAAUACGAAUUUCUUUGGUGUAUGCAAACCAGGAGGAUGCUUGGAUCCACCUUUUGGAGAAGAUAGAUAUGCUUAUCAACCAGCACCAUUGAAACAAAAUACACGUAGUGAAAGUAUUACAAAAGGAGUAGUUAUCAUACCGCCUAUCCGCAUUGAACCUAUUGAAGCUGUAAAAAUAGACACAGAUGAACGUUUACGAGACAGAGUUGUCAAGGUAGGUCCAAAAGAAAUCACAGAAAAGGAGGCGGACGAUGAACCAGAGAUAUAUAAAAAUGAAAAAGGUAAAGAGUUUUCUAAAAUCCAAAAAAAAUCAAGUGACCAAAAUAAAAAGAAAAUCAGCUCAGAUGAUCGAAAUAAUAUGAAAAUUGAAAAACUUCGAAAUUCUGCCUCCAGUAAUAGAUCAGAGUCUAAUGAGUUUAGUACUUUAUUCUUUAGUCCUCCGAAAAAAGCUUCUUCAAAAGACAGCGGUAGCAGUCGAAAAAAUAGCAAACUGGAGCAAAGAAGAAAUACACCUGAAGUACUUAAAACCCCAAUACCGCUAUCCAGAAAAGACGACAAACAAAAAUUGGGGCCAAAAAUAGACGAGAAAACCUUAUCUGGCAAACAAAUUUCUUCAGCUCCAGUGAUAAUAUUAUCAGAUACUGAAACGAGCGAUGCUGCAGACCAAAAUAGAUCUCCAGAAAUAUUUCCAAAUCGAUCACAGGAUCAACGUAAAAUAUUUAUAAUACCACUUGGCGAAGAGCCAGCAGACAUAUCAAAAAGAGCAGUAUCAACAUUAUCUUUUCCAAUAGAUGAUAGGAAUAAAUCAAAAGAGUAUGACAGCACACACAUUUCUAAUCAACAAGAGCUUACACCAAAGAAGCAUUUCCCAAAAGACACAGCGGACAUUACUAAACAACAAAUAAAUAAGCCGCAUGCUCCAUUAUCUGACAUUUUAAGUCCUGAUGUUACUGAAUCACAGCAAGAUAAUAUAAUUGAAUCCGAAAAAGGCAGUUUAGUUAUGAGUCCCAUAACAGAAAUGAUAAUUCCUCCAGUAGGUAAAAUAAUUAAGCAUUCCCAAACCGACGACUUGGUAAAAGACAAAUCUGAAUGCUUUAAUGAAACCCGCAAACAGUCAUCGUCCCAAUUAACGACGAAUGAUACCUCAGAACCAUCUAAGAUAAUAAAAGAAAGUACACUAAAAGAACCCGUAAAGAUUGAAAAACUACGCGGUCUCAAAACAGUAAAGGCUAAAUUAUCUGAUGGUAACAAUAAAGCGAUGUCACCGGAAAAUGAAAUGGAAGCACAACAAACUGAUGGACCUCGAAUGUCAACGAGAAUAUCAAACCCUACUGAGUUAUUGGAUAUCAUUCGGAUCUCAAAAGAGAACAGUGAUAAAAAACAAGAACAAAAGACAUCACAAAGGCCUAUCAUGAUUCCAGAUCACUAUUCAGUUGAUGGUGAGAUACCUGUAACAAAAAAAGUAGAUGUUAACCAGUACCAAUUAAAUGAAGACAAAAAAUUCUCCGAUCAAAUGAAAAUGGUUGGUAAUACUGAGGAAGGCGACCUCCUUAAAGAUAAAUUUCGACCCAGCAUAUCCCCAGACCGUACAGAAAUCAGUGUCAAAACAAAGAACGGAAACACUCAACUACAGCCAGACCAACCUAAAAAAGAAUUACUUGUUGUACCACAAAACAGAGAUUCUAGUGCGAGUUAUAAAAAAGUUUCAGACAGCGAAAUUAAGAUGCAGCCUCAUCAAUCACUUAACGGGGAAUUUAAAAAGUCCCCUCAGCUUCAGGAACGGUGUAAAAAAUCUGAUCAGCAUAUGAUUUCUGAAGAUAUACAAAAAUUUAAGUCUUUGUCAGUAAUACAGUCAGAACCACAUCAACCUAUCAUUGCCCAAGAUUCUCUUAACGCCGACUACCCAGAAGUGGAUAAUAACCAAAAGCAUUAUCCGAGUAAAAUACAAGAUAUCAAAAUUACGCAAGCGUACGACACACAUAAGCAGCAAUUUUUUGAACCCAAAACUCACGGACUAUUAGAUCAUAGUCAAGUAUCAACAAAGGGAGCAAAUGGUGAUGAUCCCCAUUAUAUAAAUCUAGUAUUCCAGAAAUAUACAUACGACAACAAAACGGGAAUAAAAACUCUGGAUGCUGAUGCAAACUUUGAACCAGAUGAAAAUAUCGUAACAUAUAAGAGUAAUUCACAUACACAGGACAAAAAAAUUAUGAUUCCAAUUGAUAGGCAAAAUGUGAUGGCUAUAAAAAUUAAAAAAUCUUCUAGUACAGGAGACAAUGACGAGGAAGAAUUACUAGUACCACGUUCUACCAUCCAUAAAGUUUCGGAUAGUUCUAAAGGUGAGUAUGAAACGCGAACACUUAAACGAGGAAUAUUUAAUGAACCACAGAAAGAUUAUACUGACGAAAACGAGACUGGUUUUGAUUUGCCUCCGAUUAAACGAAAAUCUCUAAUUGAGGGAAGACAUGAUAGCAAGAGCGAAACUGGAGCUAAAAUAUAUUUACCAAGGCGAAGUUCCAUACCUGAAAACAGAAAAGCUUCGUCAAGCACCAGAAAUUCCGCUGAGUCCAAAAUGCCUUCGACUACCUUUAAAGAUAACAAGCCUCAAAUGUUUGAUGGAACUGAUUUUGAAACCGGCACAAAACCGUUUAAACGUGACUCGAAGCACAGUGAUAGGAAAGGUACUUUAAAUAAGCGUGGUUCUUUUGUCCCAGAUCGAGUCGAUUUAUUAAAUGAUAGAAGUGGUACUGGCUCUAAAGUGACUUCGCCUAGGCAAAGUAUAUUUAAUGAACAAAGACAUGUUUCGACCGAUGGUACACAUGGCGUUGAACCCAUAACCUCAUCUAAGUGGGGGAUAGUCGGUGAGGAAAGUAAAUAUUCGCGAGACGACAGAAAAUCUACUGAAGCUGCAAUGUCUUCUUAUGAGCGAAAUUCUGUAAAAGGCGUUUCAAUUCUAGAUAUGAGUACUAAACGUAGCACAUUAUUAAGCGAUACUGGAUCUCGAGGAUAUUUACAGAAACAAAUAUUACGUGAUAGUAGAACUGAUUCGAAGGGCGAGUUUAUUUCAUUUAUACCUAGAGAUAUUGAUAAGAACGAUGAACUCCACAUGAUUUCGCGUCAACCAAGUACAAUUAGUGGAAGAGAUCCACUAGGCAAAAGUGAAAUUGACACCAAUGAUGAUCCAAGUUACUUUUUCGAUAAUUCUAGAUAUGGUGGAAAUGUUAAAUAUAUAAGUAGGACUGACACUGAAACAGAUAUACCCAUACUUUUUGAUGGUACAGUUCCUGCAAAGAGAAUUAGUUCAUUUGUGAGCAGACCCGAUAGUAAACCUUCAAAUUCUUCAUUUAGACAAAUCUCACUAGAUGGAAACGCAAGGAAACCACUUGACGACAAAACCGAAGUUAACAAGAGAUCAUUUUCAUACUAUGGUGAAAAUAGGUCUGGUUCGACGUACGGUAGAAAUGAAUCUGGGACUAGAAUGCGUUCUUCUAAGGGGGAAACAUAUAAUGAGGCUAAGAGUGAUUACACUAGUGGUAUAGUUGACGAUAGAAACAUUGGAGUAAUAAAGUAUGACUCUUUCAUUGAUACUCGUAAAGUGGAUUCAUUUAUUGAAGAGAAAAGUGGUAGAAGCAGUGGUGCAUUGUAUCCAUUUGAAGAUGAUGAAGCAAGUUACAGUAAAGCUAAUAAGAAAAUAAAUAGUACAGCACACUCUCGUUCCCUACCCGUGGAUCAUGAUAAUGCAUAUAUAAAUAAAAGAAAACCACACGAGAAAGAUGAUAAGAAACUGAAAGGCAAAACUUAUUCCCGUCCCGUAGAUGCCAAUACCGAGUUCCAAUUUACUAAAAAUGGCACAAGAGGCAAAGUACAGUAUUCCACCGAAGAUGAUUCAAGGAUUGCUGUCAUUGGCAGAGAGAUAAACCGAACACUUUCAUUUAUAUAUGAACACGAAUUGAUUCCACUACAACAUGUUAUAAAGGGUUUGAAAGAGGACAUAGAUGUUUUGGCGGAGCAACAGGUACUGCUUAGAGAAAAGCUACACGGGCCUAGGAGAGUGAGACCAGUGAAGAAGUGCGGCUGCUUCAACAGAUACGACUUUGGUUCCAUAUUAGAGUGAAUCGAAACGUUUAUCCUGAUUUGCAUGAUCACAGAUAAUAAAAAUAAAUAUAUUGCACAUACAUGAUAAAUAGAAACCUA